UCAGGCAUCACAAUCACUUAACUCAAGCCGUGGCUUCAUACGUAUUCCGAGUGAGAAAAGGACCAUACCAUUGUAAUAUAUUACUAAAAACACAAAGUGUUAGGGUACAGUUGCUGGCAGCGAACUGCUGUUUGCAGUGUCAUACCGCGGUGUACAACUCAAUAUUAAAUUUUUGCAUUUUAUUCCAGUUUGUAUUGCUGCUGUACGCGUAUCCUUGUAAAUUCAUAGUGCUUGUGGGAUUGUUGUUUCAAGGCUGGUUUGACACUGAAGUUGUUAGUUACUCAUUUAAAAAGGAAGUGAGUUCGCUUGUUAACGGACAGUGCCCCUGAACAGGACUACGUACUUGGAUUUAAUCCUCUUUUUAUUGUUGCAUACAAGAGAACAGAUUGCCCCCACAACCUUCGUGGGGUGAGUUACGCCGGGAUGGCUAGUGCUAGCAUGGCCCAGAAAACAUGGGAGCUCGCCAAUAACUUCCAGGAGGUGCAGAGUAUUGAUGAAAUUUACAAGUACGAUAAGAAACAGCAGCAGGAGAUGAUCGCUGCCAAGCCAUGGACUAAGGACCAUCACUACUUUAAGUACUGCAAGAUCUCAGCCCUGGCUCUGUUGAAGAUGGUUAUGCAUGCUAGAUCUGGGGGCAACCUGGAAGUGAUGGGCCUGAUGCUUGGGAAGGUGGAUGGAGAGACGAUGAUAAUCAUGGAUAGCUUUGCAUUGCCUGUUGAGGGAACAGAAACCAGAGUUAAUGCCCAGGCUGCAGCUUACGAAUACAUGGCUGCUUAUAUAGAAAAUGCCAAACAGGUUGGUCGCCUGGAGAAUGCCAUUGGGUGGUAUCAUAGCCAUCCUGGUUAUGGAUGCUGGCUCUCUGGCAUUGAUGUUAGCACUCAGAUGCUUAAUCAGCAGUUUCAGGAACCCUUUGUAGCAGUUGUUAUCGAUCCUACAAGAACAAUAUCUGCUGGAAAAGUGAAUUUAGGUGCUUUCAGAACAUAUCCGAAGGGUUAUAAGCCUCCUGAUGAAGGCCCUUCGGAAUAUCAGACUAUCCCACUUAAUAAAAUAGAAGAUUUUGGUGUACACUGCAAACAAUAUUAUGCGUUGGAAGUAUCUUAUUUUAAGUCAUCCCUUGAUAGGAAGUUGCUCGAGCUAUUGUGGAAUAAAUACUGGGUCAACACAUUAAGCUCUUCUAGUUUAAUUACAAACGCAGACUACACCACAGGUCAGGUCUUUGACUUGUCAGAAAAGCUGGAGCAGUCUGAAGCCCAGUUAGGAAGGGGGAGUUUCAUGCUAGGUUUAGAAACGCAUGACAAAAAGUCUGAAGAUAAAUUAGCAAAAGCAACACGUGACAGUUGCAAGACCACAAUAGAGGCUAUCCAUGGCUUAAUGUCACAGGUUAUCAAGGAUAAACUUUUCAAUCAAAUUAACGUCUCCUGAUUAUUGGUAUGCUGUGAAGCUUUACACUGUGUGGGCGCAAAAAUCAGUUUACAUUUGACUUGUUUAAACAUAACUGUGUUCUCUCAUUUCUUCAGUUUUCACAUUGAACUGAAUGGAUAGCUUUCUAACCUCAAAUGGCCAUGUUAAAUGCUAUGGACAUACUGCUUGAAGAAGAUGUUUGGCAGUGCAAUGUUAGUUGGCUGAUUGAAAGAUUGUACAGACUGGAAAAAAAACUUCAACCACCGAUGCAUUAGAAUACAGUAAAUAACAUGGUUAUCUGUGUUUAAUUUUUUUUCAUUGUAUUGAUAGCUGUCAGCUGUGUAAAACAACAUAGCUGUGGUUUAUUGCCCAAUUUGUUGAAUAUUAAAAUUGCUUAAACUGGA